UCGGGUGAGGUCGAUAUCCUGGAAAGGGACACUUUUUAAGCUUUCGGACGCUUCAUCUACUGCACCCUUAUUCCGCGUGAACAUCAUCCCAACAUUUACAACCGCAAUACUAUUUCGACAAGGAACAUCCAACAUCAUGGCGAGCAUCAAGCCUUCAAAGACCCUCACAUACAAGACGGUAGAUGGUGUCGAGAUUCCGCUGGACCUGUACCUCCCAAGCACCGGCAAGAGCGUAGGGGUUCUUCUCUGGUUUCACGGCGGUGGCCUUCUCCAAGGCCGACGAGACUCUUGUCCUCCUCACGUACGCAAAGCGGUAGAAAAGUACGGUAUCGCUGUUGCAUCGGCCGACUACCGCUUGGCACCGCAAGUGAGCGUCGCAGACAUCCGAGACGACGUACUGGACUGCAUCAAAUUCAUCCGCGAAGAGCUGCCCUCUCACGUCAAACCACAUGCAAUCGAUGUCUCCCGUCUGGCUGUAUCAGGCGCCUCCGCGGGUGGUUACCUCACCCUGCUCGCGGGAUUGUAUGCCAAUCCAAAGCCUCAAGUCAUUCUGCCCAUCUACGCCAUCACGGAUCCUCUAGGCGUCUUCUUCACCAAUCCUCAACCCGCUUUCAUGGGUCGUCGCAUUCCGUCCAAGGAGGAAAUGGCCGAAUACCUGGACCGCAAUGCAGUUCCGUCGACGAGCUCGGGGCAGCCGGACGUUGAUCCCCGGGGCCAUAUGUACAUGUACAUGCUUGCGUCGGCCAACCUGGCGGAGCUGUAUCAUGUCCCCACCGCGGACAAGGCUGAGCCGUUCAGAGUCGCGCGAAACAUCUACCAGCAUCGCUUGCCGCCAAUGUACUGCGUCCAUGGGGAUGCCGAUACUGCUGUAGGGGUGGAGCAAUCGGACGAAGUCGUCGGGGCCGCGCUGGGGUGUGGGAUUGAGCUGAAAUACGAACGUCUUCAUGGCCUCAACCACUUUUUGGAUGCUGGUGAGGAUUACGAAAACGAGCCCUUUUACUCGUUCAUGAUGAAGCAUCUUUGAACAGUCUACACCAUUUGACGUAGACUAUAUAUGAAUCUAAUCGAGUCAAAU